AUGAGGUCCCUGGCUCUCUGCCUCUUCUUCCUGUUGUGCUGUAACGCAGUCCGACUGGACAGACGGCGUCCCAGACCCAUCGCGGCCAGAGGUCGCAAUGAGACCACUGUCCAAACCAAACCAGUGGAGAACCCCUGCAAAGCAAUGCCGUUGGAUUUCGUCUUUGUCAUCGACAGCUCCCGGAGCAUCCGCCCCAACGACUACGAGAAGGUCAAGGCCUUCAUCGUCGACCUGCUUCAGUUCCUCAAGGUGGGCCCAGACGCCACGCGGGUCGGCCUGCUGCAGUACGGCAGCGUGGUCCAGCCCGAGUUCUCCCUCAACACCUACACCACCAAGGCCGAGGUGGAGCAGGCGGUGGGGAGCAUGGAGCACCUCGCCACGGGAACGAUGACCGGCCUGGCCAUCCAGUACACCAUGGAGACGGCCUUCACCGAGGAGGAGGGGGCACGACCUGCAGACCUGCUCAUCCCGCGGAUCGCCAUGGUCGUGACUGACGGACGGCCUCAGGACACGGUGGAGGAGAUCGCGGCUCAGGCGAGGCAGGCCGGCAUCCAGAUCUUUGCUGUCGGAGUCGGCAGGGUGGACAUGAACACGCUGAAGGCCAUAGGGAGCGAGCCGCACUCUGAGCAUGUGCACCUGGUGGCCAACUUUAGCCAGAUAGAAACCCUCAUCUCCGUGUUCCAGUCCAAACUGUGCGGAGGGUCAGAGAUGUGUGAGGUGGUGGACCACCAGUGCCAGCAAAUCUGUGUGAGCAGUCCCGCCUCAUACAGGUGCAAGUGCAGGAAGGGCUUCACCCUCAACCCCGACGGCAAGACAUGCACAGCUGAGGAUAUGUGUGCUGUGGUGGACCAUGGCUGUGAGCACAUCUGUGCCAACUUACCAGAUGGCUACGAGUGCCGCUGCCAUCCAGAGUAUCAACUCAACGUAGACCUGAAGACGUGCGACAAGAUCGAUCGCUGUGCUGAUGGCACCCAUGGGUGUGAACAGGAGUUCACCAACACAGAAGACGCCUGUGUGUGUAAAUGCAGGAAAGGCUACACACUCAGAGCUGAUGGGAAAACGUGCAAGAAGGUGGAUCGCUGUGCUGAUGGCGCCCACGGGUGUGAACAGGAGUUCACCAACGCAGAAGACGCCUGUGUGUGUAAAUGCAGGAAAGGCUACACACUCAGAGCUGAUGGGAAAACAUGCAAAAAGACGGACCACUGCGCUGACGGGAAACACGGCUGUGAACAGGAGUUUAUGAGCACUGACGAUUCGUGUGUGUGCAAAUGCAGAAACGGAUUCUCACUCCGACCUGAUGGGAGAACAUGUCAGAGUCUGGAUGUGUGUCAGACAGUGGACCAUGGCUGUGAGCACCAGUGCGUCAGCACCGUUGACUCCUACAUCUGCAGAUGUUUUGAUGGAUUUAUGUUGGCUGAAGAUGGGAAGAGCUGCAAGAAGCCGGAGUGUGGCGAUGGAGUCAUGGAUCUGAUUUUCGUAAUCGAUGGCUCUAAGAGUCUGGGCCCUGCUAACUUUGAACUGGUGAAGCGGUUUGUGAACAGCAUCGUGGACUUGCUGGACAUUUCCAGGACAGGUGCCCAUGUCGGCCUUCUCCAGUACUCCACCAAGGUGCGCACGGAGUUCACCCUGGGCCAGUACAGCACGGCGCACACUGUCAAGCAGGCCGUGUCCCGGAUGCAGUACAUGGGGAGAGGCUCCAUGACGGGCUCCGCCUUGCGCCACAUGUUUGAGUCCAGCUUCUCGGCCAAAGAGGGAGCCAGGCCGAACGUCCCCCGUGUCAGCGUUGUGUUUACUGAUGGGAGAUCGCAGGACGACGUGUCCGAAUGGGCUGAUAAAGCAAAGAACUCUGGGGUCACGCUAUACGCCCUGGGUGUUGGCAAGGCCAUUGAACAGGAGCUGAGAGAAAUAGCUUCAGAGCCCGAUGAGAAGCACCUUUACUACGCUGAAGAUUUUGAGAAAAUGGGAGAGAUUACAAAGAAGCUCAAGUCCAGGAUAUGUAAAGACAAACCAUCCGGUGACAACAUGUGCCAGUGUGAGAACGUGAUUAUGUUUCAAAACCAGGUCACCGAGAAGCUGAAGAAGCUGGUACAGAAUAUUGAAGCCAUGACAAAGAAGCUGGACACACUCGAGAAUCAAGUCGUAAACAAAUGA